CUCUCCCUCCACUCCAUAUGUCUGGCACAUCAUCAACCCCCCCACCACCUCCAAAUCUCCAAAACUACCAUCUUCCUCCUCCCCCAAAUUCCCAAAAUUUUAUUUCUACCAUAAUACUUUGCGAUCAUGAGGUUCUGGAUAGCCUCCCCCAUCUCCGCCCUGCCCUUCUUCGUCUUCUCCCUCCUGCAACUGACAAUAGCAAGCACCUCCAACACCCCCCAACAAGAACCGUGCACUGUAAUAUCCGCCCAAAGUGGCAACUUCUUCGACCUCCGCCCAUUAACUCGCACCUCCGCCAGCACCUCUUCUUCCUCGAGCAGCAGUAACACAGUCCACGACUGGACAGCCCGCGGGCACGACUACCCCGCAAACUUCACACUGAAUAUCUGCGCCCCCGUGCUCUCGGACGUUGCUGACGUAGUGUCAGUCUCUACUUCGCAGAAGUCCAAUAUCUCGGCAUUCUACAUCACCCAGGAAGGAAAGCAGUACUCUAUUGGCAGUGUUUCCACAAACCCGUAUUUUCGGGGGAGGAAGCUAGUUCUAGUGUACGCCGGUGGCUCACCAUGCCCUGCGCCGGACGGGGAGGAGAGGGAGAAGAGCAAGAGCAGCAAGAAAAAGAAGGGAAGUGGAUACAGGAAGAGCACGAUAAUGUCCCACCUCUGCGACCGCGACGCCGUCAGACCGGUCAUCAGCUUCGUUGGGGAGGUGAACGAGUGCGGGUACUUUUUCGAAGUACGAUCCUCGGCUGCGUGUCCGACUGCUGGAACGCAGGCUCUGGGUCCUGUUAGUGUUUUUGGUAUAAUCGGGCUAGUAGCAGCACUGGUAUACCUCGUCGGCGGUUGCGUGUACCAAAGAACAGUAAUGCACGCCAGGGGCUGGCGCCAAAUGCCGAACUAUGCAGUUUGGGCGGGCCUAGUCGGCGGCGUUUGGGCUCUCAUUAGAUCUAUCUGGGACCGCUGUGCCAGUAAAUUACAUCUUCCACGAAGCUCGUACGAUCUCAUUGGCGCUCGGAGGAGUAGCCUUGAGAGUGAGAAUAGGCUGAUUGAUGCUCUGGAUGAGGAUUGGGGGGAGGAUGCUUGAUUUACUUUACCUUGUUGUAAUUGGAGCGGCGUUAUGAAUUGUUAUCGGUAUCGGUAUUCUAAAAUGGGUCGGUAGGGGAUUGGGAGAAGAGGUGGCAUGGAUGUGUUAGUUUCUAGCGCUUUGUUUCUUAUUUCCAUUUAGGGCCUAUUCGGCCUGUGCCGAUUAGAAUAUACUGUGAUAUAUUUGAAAACAGCAUUUUCCUAAUACUCAAAACAAAAGUUA